CAUACUUAAGUGACAACUUAUUAAUUCACCAGAUAGUGUACCAAACGAUACGCAGACUCCAAUCAAACAAAAUUUUAUGGUUUAAGUGCACAUUUUAUUUUCUGUAAAGUGUAGAUCAUAAGAACAUCCAAAAUGAUUUUCUUUCAAUUCGUAUGCUUAAUUUUACCAAUGUUUGCGAUUUUAGCCAUCUCGAUUGGUUCAGAGGAUCGAGUCCGGAUCCUUAUCGGCCUGUUCAAAGUUUGAUUUUGAGGAAAAGGUGCUGGAAAAACUUGUGCGCUUGGAGCAUAAAAUGGAAGUAUACACUGAAAAGAUGAAACUAUGGGAAGAAUAUUUCUCUUCUAGCAUUGAACAUAAAAUGAAAGUGUAUGCGGAGAAGAUGAAGCUCUGGGAAGAAUCUAUUUAUUCCAGUCUGGAUAAAGUGGUCGAGGCGAAGAAAAAAACAGAAACAUUUGUUGAAUCACAUCUUCAGGACCAAACGCGGUUUAAUGAGUGUUUCUUUGAAACCAUAGACCAUUUUAAACUGCAGUCUGAAAAUAAAACUGAGAUGUACGAUACAAAAAUGAAUACGCUGUUGGAUUCGUUUUCCUCUACAAUACAAGAAUUAAGUGAAGCUGAACGUAAAAUAGAGAAUACAAUGCAGGCAUCUCUUCACCAAGAACAAAACAGAUUUGAUGCGUCGUUUGAUAAACUUGUGGAACUUUCAAAUCGUUUCAAUACCUCUUUGCAAGAAAUUGCUUUAAAAGAGCAGAAAGAUAAACAGAUUAGACCUGCAUUCUUCUCAACAUUGUCGAAAACUUUUGUUUUAUCCAAUUCUAACAAAGUGUUGAUAUUUGAAGGAGUAAAGGUCAAUAGAGGUGGAGGCUACGAUCCAUUAUCCGGGAUCUUCACUGCUAAAAGAGAUGGAUUGUAUCAUUUUAGUUGUGUGAUUUAUGGGGAAAGUGGAAAAGGCGUUGGUUAUCAACUCAACAAGAACGACUUAUUGUAUGUACGCGGAUAUUCAAACAACGGAGAAUACGGAGCAAGUAGUAUAAGUGUAUUGGUUGAAUUAAAGAAAGGAGAUCGUGUUUAUAUUAAGCAUAGACACAGCGGCCAGACAGAGGCAGUUAUUGGAAAUGAUCAUUCAUCAUUUGGCGGCUAUUUUUUGCAAGAUUGAGACAAUCAAAAUAAAAAUAGAAUUUUA